AGCUAGCUUGAGGAAGCCACACGACGACCGCCGGCCGCCCUAGGUACCUGCAAAACCUAGCUCCAUCAAUCUGCCGCAGAGAGUGUGAUCGAAAGAUGGCGUCCAGAGCAGCAGCGGCCCUGGUCGUCGUGGCCAUGGCCUGCGCCGUCGUCCAUUCGGCAGCGGCGGCCGCCGGGGAGCUUUCGCCGGACUUCCACGCGGGCUCGUGCCCGGACCUGGAACACAUCGUCCAGUAUCACGUCGCCGAGGCCUUCCGUAAAGACGUCGGCGUAGCGCCGGGGCUCAUCCGCAUCUUCUUCCACGACUGCUUCCCUCAGGGCUGCGACGCGUCGGUGCUCCUGACCGGCAACAACAGCGAGCAGGCGUUGGGGCCAAAUCUGACGCUCCGGCCGGUGGGGCUCAACCUCAUCGAGACCAUCCGCGCCGCCGUCCACAGGUCCUGCGGCCGGACUGUCUCCUGCGCCGACAUCACCGUUCUCGCUACCCGUGACUCCGUCGUGCUGGCUGGCGGGCCCCGCUUUGAGGUGGCUCUGGGCCGGCGCGACGGGCUGGCCCCAGCGUCGCAGGACCUCGUCUUCACCCUUCCAGCCCCCUCAUUCACCGUGCCGGAGCUCCUCAAGUCCUUCGGCGACCGCAACCUCGACAAGGCCGACCUGGUGUCCCUCUCCGGCGCACACACGUUCGGCAUCGCCCACUGCCCCGCCUUCUCCGACCGCUUCACGCCGGAAGUCGACACCAACCCAGCAAUCGACCCCAAUUUCGCCGCCAAGCUCAAGGCCAAGUGCGCCAACGACGUGCCCGCGCUUAGCGUCAACCAGUCGCUCGAUGUGCGCACGCCGGACGUGUUCGACAACAAGUACUACUUUGAUCUCAUCGCCAAGCAGGGCCUGUUCAAGUCGGACCAGGGCCUCAUCGUCCACCCUGAAACCACGCGCAUGGCGACGCGAUUCGCCCUCAACCAGGGAGCGUUCUUCGAGCAGUUUGCCAAGUCCAUGGUGAAGAUGAGCAACAUGGACUUGCUCACCGGCAGCCAGGGCGAGAUCCGGUUCAACUGCGCCGUCCCCAACAGCCGUGUCGACGGCAUCGAGACCGCCAGCGACGAGGGCCAUGCCUCCGCCAUGUAAGAAAUUGUUUAGUUGCCGUGAUUGCUGAAGCGUGUGAGCGUGUGUGUGUGUGCGCUAUGAUCAUGUCAUGGUACUAGUGGUUCUUUAUAAUUGUGAUGUUGUAAUAAAAUGAGUUGAGUGAUCAGACAUCAUGCCCGGAGUAUAUAUAUAUGCUUCCUACCCUAUGAGGUUGUUCCCAUUUGGGAUAACACUCUGAUCACCAUACAACGUGAAAUCUGUCUUGGCUAGAAGUCCAGAGAUGCUA